UAGUUUUGUGACAGUUACUUAUUUGAAAUCUUCGUUUUGUUGUUAUUUUAAUUCCGUUUUGUGUAUAAUUUAUUUUUAGCUUCAUCUAAUGGAGAAGAGCUUCGACUUCGGCGCUUUGUUGCAGAACCACGAGAAGAAGCACAAAAGCAAACCGGUGUAUUUAGUAAGCGUUCCUCAUGGGGUGAAGAAACGACUGGAGAACAGCAUCAGAAAUAGAAAGAGUACUCGGCUAUCAGUGUUUGAUAGAAUAAGAAAUCUUCCGAAAGUAGAGAGUCCGGCGCCGGUUGAUAAAGUUCUGUCUAAAAUAGAACACAGACGAAUGCAACUAGAGAAAUGGAAGGCAGAGAAAGAGAAAAAGAAAAAGGAAGCAUCUCUUCAGAAGAAGAAACCGUUCGUAGCUGGGGUUCCACAGCAAAGCCUGAAGUUUGUGCCGCCCCCACCUCCACCUAAAGCCUUGCCCAGUACGUCUGGGCGUGUCACUCGAUCGCAAUCAGCCAAACAAAACUCGACCAGCAAUGUUUCUAAACAGAAAGAUAUCAAAACAGAUACGAAACAAACUAAAAACCAAAUUCCAUCAUUUGCACCAAUAAAUGCAACCUUUAAACCACCAAUAUUCAAAAAUAUGACACAGCUUCCCAUUUUAUCACAGCCAAAACAGGCAGAUAAGGUAAACAUUGGGCAAGUAUUACCAAGCAAAGAAAUUAAAAGCAGAGCAAAAUCAAAACCAGUUCCUAAAAAUGAAACUAGAAAAUUAAGAAGUAGGGCACAAUUGACAGAGAAAUCAAAUAUCAAGUCUAAAAAAGUUUUGAGUCCAAAAAAAUCCCUAAUGUCUAACUCAAGUUCGAGUAUGGGAUCAAGUACAGAUGAAAAAUCAUCAGUAAUUAGUAAAACUCCGAGAAAAUCUGUUGAAAAUGCUUUUAAAAAUGACCUUAUUAUUUUCACUCCAAAAAACAAAGUUCCAAAAAGUGAGUCUAGCUCAGAGGAGAAACUGAGGUCUCCGAUAAAUGUUGAUUUACCUAUGACACCGGAGCAGAUAGUUGAAGAGGCUAAGAAAAUAAGUCCUUGCGUUACUCUGUCGCGUGGGAAAGAUAAUGCUAGGAAGGAGAUGAAGAAAAAACUUGAAGAAGGUCUGCUUGAUGAAGAUCUGUGUGAGAUAGACAACGUGGAAUACUUCAGGAGGCAACUUAACUCUGAAAUCAAACGUAUGACAGAAAUGUGUGAAACAUGGGACAAGAUAUCUGAGCAAGUCCAGUUACCGGAGGCCGUACAGGAAGCUGUAUUAGGGGCAGUGGGUCAGGCAAGGCUACUGAUGUCUCAGAAGUUACAGCAGUUUGCGUCGUUAUUAGCCAGAUGUGAGUGUCCCGACCCAUCACAGGCACUCGUCACACCUGGAGAUUUGCAUGGCUUCUGGGAUAUGGUGUUUAUGCAGGUCGAAAAUGUGGACAUGAGGUUUAAGAAGUUAGAAGAGAUGCGUGCCCGAGGCUGGGUGGAUGAAGAAAGACCAGUCGAGGUCAAGAAGAGAGUCACUAAACCCACUGUUAAUAAAACCAAGCCGGCUGUUAGCAGCAGACUGAAGGAUAUUAUCGCUGCUGCCCGAAAAGCCAAGAAAGUACAUCAAGUUGAAAAUGUACCAGAAAAUCCACCCACAGAGGAAAGUAAGACGUUUGAAGCAGGAUUUUUCAGUGUCCAGUCACCAGUAAAGUCGAUACAAUCGACUCCUGUCCGCAAACCAAGUCUACUGAAAGCAGUUUUAUCUAACGAGGCAAAGAAGUCCGCUUCGAAGAAUUCAACUUCAUACGCCAUGCUUCGAGCUUCACUGAUCGGCAAGAAUAUUGAGAAUAAUGACACUUUGUGUGCGGACCCAAUACCAUUGACACCGAUAAACUUGGACGCAACACCUGCGAGAAGUAUCUUGAAGUCAGCAAAGAAAUCUGGAAAGAAAUCAAUAAAAGUUGUUUUAUUUGAUGAAUCGGAUUCAGAUAUCACAGAAUCGAAUAAACUUAACGAUGAAUCAGACAUAUCAGGCGUGGAGAAAAUCGAAAUUGAUCAGACUAUAGAUAAUGAUAAAACAUCAGAAGGGAAAGAGAAUAAGAAAGAAUCUUCUAGAAGGAGGUCUAAACUUAUCCGUCAAGACGCUACAGAAGACCGGAGUCCGGUCAUGACUAGAAGCAGACGUAAGAGUUUACAAACUCCAAAUAUAGAAGGGGUCGAAGAAAAGAAAAGCGGAAAAAAGAAGGCGCUGCAAGAAAUUGAGAUGAAUGUAGACGAUGUAAAAGGAACUUCUAGAAGGUCGUCAAGACGGAAGAGUUAUAACAAUGAACAUGUUGCGUGAUUGUGAAUUUGAUUUUAUCCAGUGUUGAUAUUUUAUUAAUAAACGAAUUCUUUAGGUCGUUGUAA